CUCUGUGGCUUGAGUGUGCUGUCAGUAUGUAAGCCAGUCCACCAACUUCAGACAGAAGUGUUGCUAUUCCAUAAAUACAGUAGAACUCCAUAUGCUGAGUUUUUCAAUUUCUUCUGUUAGAAAGUUUGGAAAAAAGGGGAGACUUUGAAGUAUUUUGUUUAUACUAACAGAAGAGAAAAGUUCUCCUAAGAAAAAGCUGGUGGCAGGAGUGUAGAGGAGUAGCAUAUGGCAUUAAAAGGAGCACAGCUGGAGGUAGCAUUUCCAUCUGAACAUGAUGUCAGAGCAGCUGACAGCCUGCCAUCCCUCAGCCUUUUAUUCUAACACACAGACAGGGAGUUAGUGUGUGCGGAUCUGUGGUGGAGAAGGUAUCUCAUUCCUCUCUAACAUCAUCUCCACUUUGCAUCUGUCUCUCUUAGUCUGCUUUUUUUCCACCGAUGUAACAGACCUGGAGCCAGCAAGACUCAGAGGAAAGGACUUAAUCAGGUUUAUGUGUCCUAAAGGUUAUGAAGACAGUAUGGAGUUCCCAGACCACAGUCGACAUUUGCUGCAGUGUCUGAGCGAGCAGAGACACCAGGGUUUUCUUUGUGACUGCACUGUGCUGGUGGGAGAUGCCCAGUUCCGAGCGCACCGAGCUGUGCUGGCUUCGUGCAGCAUGUACUUCCACCUCUUUUACAAGGACCAGCUGGACAAAAGAGACAUUGUUCAUCUGAACAGCGACAUUGUUACAGCCCCAGCUUUCGCUCUCCUGCUUGAAUUCAUGUAUGAAGGGAAACUCCAGUUCAAAGACUUGCCCAUUGAAGACGUGCUAGCAGCUGCCAGUUAUCUCCACAUGUAUGACAUUGUCAAAGUCUGCAAGAAGAAGCUGAAAGAGAAAGCCACCACGGAGGCAGACAGCACCAAAAAGGAGGAAGACGCCUCAAGUUGUUCGGACAAAGUCGAGAGCCUCUCCGAUGGCAGCAGCCACAUGGCUGGCGACCUGCCCAGUGACGAAGAUGAAGGAGAAGACGAGAAAUUGAACAUCCUGCCCAGCAAAAGGGACUUGGCUGGCGAGCCUGGGAACAUGUGGAUGCGAUUGCCCUCAGACUCGGCAGGCAUCCCCCCGGCGGGCGGAGAGGCAGAGCCACACGCCACAGCAGCUGGAAAAACAGUAGCCAGCCCCUGCAGCUCAACGGAGUCUUUGUCCCAGAGGUCUGUCACCUCCGUGAGGGAUUCAGCAGAUGUUGACUGCGUGCUGGACCUGUCUGUCAAGUCCAGCCUUUCAGGAGUUGAAAAUCUGAACAGCUCUUAUUUCUCUUCACAGGACGUGCUGAGAAGCAACCUGGUGCAGGUGAAGGUGGAGAAAGAGGCUUCCUGUGAUGAGAGUGAUGUUGGCACUAAUGACUAUGACAUGGAACAUAGCACUGUGAAAGAAAGUGUGAGCACUAAUAACAGGGUACAGUAUGAGCCGGCCCAUCUGGCUCCGCUGAGGGAGGACUCGGUCUUGAGGGAGCUCGAGCGGGAGGACAAAGCCAGCGACGACGAGAUGCUGACCCCGGAGAGCGAGCGCGUCCCGGUGGAGGGGGCCAUGGAGAGCAGCCUGCUGCCCUACGUGUCCAACAUCUUGAGCCCGGCCGGCCAGAUCUUCAUGUGCCCGCUGUGCAACAAGGUCUUCCCCAGCCCGCACAUCCUGCAGAUCCACCUGAGCACGCACUUCCGCGAGCAGGACGGCAUCCGCAGCAAGCCGGCCGCCGACGUCAACGUGCCCACCUGCUCGCUGUGCGGGAAGACUUUCUCCUGCAUGUACACGCUCAAGCGCCACGAGAGGACUCACUCGGGCGAGAAGCCCUACACCUGCACCCAGUGCGGCAAGAGCUUCCAGUACUCGCACAACCUGAGCCGCCACGCCGUGGUGCACACCCGCGAGAAGCCGCACGCGUGCAAGUGGUGCGAGCGCAGGUUCACGCAGUCGGGGGACCUGUACAGACACAUCCGCAAGUUCCACUGUGAGUUGGUGAACUCCUUGUCUGUCAAAAGCGAAGCACUGAGCUUGCCCACUGUCAGAGACUGGACCUUAGAAGAUAGCUCGCAAGAACUCUGGAAAUAAUUUUAUAUAUAUAUAUAAAUAAUAUAUAUAUAUAUAUAUACAUAUAUAUACAUAGAUCUCUAUAUAGUUGUGGUACGGUCUAAAAGCAGUCUUGUUUCCUGGAACUAAAAAGUUGGGAUAUUAACUUGUUUUUGCACUUUAGAAUAGCAUGAGAAUCUCACUAAUUUAGCAUACUGAUAAAAGAAACUUUAGGGCAAGUGGGAGAAUAGAGAGGUGUUUUUCUUUGAGGGGGUAGGGGAAGUAAGCCAAUAAGAACCUUUGAAACAAAUCGUCCUAUCGCGAAAUGCUUUCAUAGGGCUUCGUUCUGUCAACACUGCGUUGUCUUCUGAGGUCUUUUUCCCCCACUUUUUUUUUUUUUAAAGUAGAAAUUCCCUCCAGUUUUAUUAGCCUCUUUAUAUGUCUCAAAUUGCAUGAAUCUUUUCUGGCUGUUGGAAACCUGAAUGCUUUUAGACCCAAAUGGAAAUUUUCUGAAAUGCUGGAUUAUCUAUUUUUAAACAAGCAGUUGACUUAAAACUUUCUGUGGCAACUUCUGGUUUUCUGACGGUUCCCAAUGAGAGAAAUGCCGAACGUACACACUGGGAUCACUGGGACGCUGUCUUUGUGAAGGUUUGCUUGGGAUGAAAAAGGAUAUUGCAGCUUCAGCAGUGUUGAACUGUAUUGAAAAAUGUGAAUUACUGUUAUUGUAUACUGUAAUUGAUUACAUGGGCUGGGGGGGUGUCAAAGAACUUGACAGGUUGUGUUGAUGCUCUUAGUUGAGUCUUGAAAAGUAAAUAUUAACGCUACAGAAAUGCAUGAGUUUCAAUAUAUUUUUGUCUUUGUUUGCAUUGUAUAACUUUAACGAGUGAGUUUAAAAUUAUUUAAUUUCCUUAGAAAAAUAGCACCAUUUGGGAAAAAAACUGGUGUUAUGAAGAACGUAAAUGCACUGUUUUUAUUUUUAUUUUAUAUAAUUUAAAUUGACUUUCCCACUGUCUUUAAGUUGAAACUGUUAAGCUGAAUAAAAACUUAAGCUGCAAAUUGAUAACUUCGCUACAUAACAAGGAAAAUAUAAAUGUUUACAAACAGCUUAAAGAUUUGCAUGUGCAGUGUGCAUUUAUAACAAACUUCUAAUUGCACAAAACCCAUGCCAGCUCAAAGUUUAGGUGUACACAUUUACCCAGUUGAGCAUUUUUAGAAUAACUACUGCACAAAUUGACAAUAGGUCAUUCUUUUUUUUUUUUUUUUUUGCUCCCCCUUUCUUUUUUUCCCCUUCUUCCUUACCCGCCCUCCCUAUCCCACCCCCCUCCCCCCCAACUCAUGAAAAGAUUCUAUGGACUGAAAAAGCCCCAGGCUGAAAGGACUGGACUGCCUUGAUUGACAUGGGGAAGGGGGUAAGGAGACUAUGUGGAUCGGCAGCAGAGGCUGCAGCCCAGUGUGUGGUUUAAUGACCAGCACACAGGGCAAGAGCAUUUUGCACAGUGUUUGUUUUCCUGUCUUGCACUUACAAAUAAGGUCUAUGGGAGUAGCAUGGAAAACGUUUGCUGUUUUUCCUUUUUUUUUUUUUUUUUUUUAAUUGCUUUUGUUUAAAAUUUGAUCGCCUUAACUACUGUAAACAUAGCCUAUUUUUGUGCUUAAGAUACUGAAUGGAAAACUCCAUUGUGUGUUGCUGGACUGUUUUGGAAAUAUUUGGUCAAAUGUGUGUUAAUUUGGCUGUAAUGGCAUUUAAAGCAAGCAAACAAACAAACAAAAAAGCUGUGAAAAUGGCCUUGGAGCAUUAUCUUUAGUUACUUGAAGAGUUUCUAGUUUUUUUAAAAUACAGUUUAUGUUAAAAUAAUUUUUAUUAAUUUAGAGAAGACAAUCAAUGUCUGUGAGAAAACGGACUUUCUUUUGAAUUUUCUUUUUGUGGUCAUUGUGAGUGAUUACUUUUUCCUUUUAUUAGUUUCACAUUCUUCCUUUGUUCUAAAACUUAGACUGACAUCUAGCUUUGACAAUCAUAGUAUGUUUUAUUUUCCUGAGGGGGGAAUAACUUAUAAUGCUGUUUAGUUUUGUACUGUUGGUGUGUUGGUGAAUUUUUAAACUGUGUGCUAACUGCAAUAAAUUAUAUGAACUCAG